AUGUUUGCUAAGCUUGCUUCUUUUGCCUCUGUUAUCAUUCUUGCGGUUGCCACGCCAGUGCUCGGCCAGUGCGAUACAUCUAAAGCAGAGUGCUGCAGCUCCGUUGGGAAAGCAAGUGACCCCGCUAUUGCUAAAGAAUUGGGUCUUCUCGGCGUCGUUCUCCAAGACGUCAACGUUCCUGUUGGCGUUGGUUGCUCACCGAUCACCGUCAUUGGUGCUGGAAGUGCAGGCUGUGAUGCUUCCCCGGUCUGCUGCUCUGACACCAGCCAUGGAGCUGUCGCUAUUGGCUGCGUCCCCCUUGACCUCAGCCUCUAA